CAUUAUGGUGAGAGCAGCAUGUGCAGUUCUUUUUAGAAGUACUGCUCUCACAAGCAUGGCUCAGCACAGAUUCAUAGAUAUCGGUGUGAACCUGACAGAUCCCAUGUUCAGAGGACUCUACAGGGGGAAGCAGAAGCACGACGAUGACUUCAGUCAGAUCAUUGACAGAGCGCUCAAAACCGGAGUGGAAAAGUUUAUGAUCACAGGAGGAAACCUUGAAGACAGCAAGGAGGCUCUUAAACUAGCCGAGACCAGAGAUGAGUUCUUCUGCACGGUGGGCUGCCAUCCCACCCGCUGCAGUGAGUUUGAGCAGAACGGAGAAUCCCAGUACUUCUCAGGCCUGAGGGAGCUGGUGACAGCAAACAGAGGGAAGGUGGUGGCCAUAGGAGAGUGUGGACUAGAUUUCGACAGGUUGGAAUUUUGCCCAAAAGAGACUCAACUCAAAUACUUUGAGAAGCAGUUUGAUUUGGCAGAGGAGACCAAGCUGCCCAUGUUCCUCCACUGCAGGAACUCCCAUCAGGAGUUCAUCGACAUCAUGAAGAUAAAUCGAGACAGAUGUGUUGGAGGAGUGGUCCACUCAUUCGAUGGGACGUCUGAGGACGCUGCUGCUCUCAUUGACCUCGACCUCUUCAUCGGAAUAAAUGGAUGUUCCUUGAAAACAGAGGCCAAUAUUGAAGCCAUGAAGUCCAUCCCCACUGAGAGACUCAUGAUAGAAACGGAUGCUCCGUGGUGCGGCGUGAAGAACACGCAUGCAGGCUCCAAAUACGUAAAAACUACAUUUCCCACGAAGAAGAAAUGGGAGGCGGGGCACUGCAUGAAGGACAGGAACGAGCCCUGUCACAUCAUACAAGUUCUAGAGGUGAUGGCAGCAGCGAGGGAGGAGGACCCUCUGGAGCUGGAAAACACAAUCUACAACAACACCAUCAAAGUCUUCUUCAGCUCCAGAUGAUGACGAAGCAGGUCAAACCUUCAGGAGACUUGAUAUGACCUUCUUGAAUGAAUGAAUGUGUGUGUGUGUCUCUCUCUGCCAAUUAUGAAAAGUCAAAUUGCUUCUGGUCUGUCUUCUUCUGAAAUAAAAUGAAUUACAUUUUCAUGGAUUUUUCC